AUGAUUAAGAAUUUGUCAGUGGACGCAUGCUCAACCUCAUCAUCCCUCACGCCAAAUUUACCGCCACCAACUCGGAAACUGUGCCACAACGCACCGGAUGCGCCACUACUGGAUGCUAUCAACAUCGCGGAAAAGGAAGGAGCCACAGCGACGUUCUUUCUGAAUGCAGCUGCAGCAAUGAACUCCGCCGGAACC